UGUGCUCGGCACCAUGUGGAUCUUUGGCUGUUUCCAGUUUGAGAAGGGCACAAUAGUCAUGUCUUAUCUGUUCUCCAUUUAUGGGAGCCUGUAUGGUGUCAUGUUCUUUGUCAUCCACUGUCUUUUUUCAAAGCAGGUGAGGGAGGAGUAUAAAAACAUUAUUUCUCGUUUAUGCACACCUCAGAAGAGAGCAAACUCCGAGUUCAACUUGUCACAUUCCAGUAAAGCUAAUGCAUCAAGAAGUACCCAGGACACAGGAGAGUCUCACAUCUAAUAUACCAGAAGCAGAAUGUGCCUAUUAAAGCUUUAUGGCCUAUCUUUACACCUUACAUGCUUCGUUUUUAUGCCAAUACUUA